CUCUUUCCCCCAUCCUUUCCAUUUUAUUUGGUAAACAAGCUCGCUCGCUAACGAAGGGAUAUAUAGAAGUUUAGAACAGCAUAAUCCUCAGCAGGAAAUAGCAGAGAUUAUUGCAGCAAAAAGUUGGAUUGCUCGCGGGCUGAUAUCAGUAACUGAAGAAAGAAAGAUUUCAAAAACUGCAAAAUAUUAAGAAACAGAUAUAAGAAUAAUUCCUUGUCGCCAUGCCUCGAAGAUAUGCGUUUAGGAGGGCAGAAGAGGCCACUCACCCUGAUUCCAUCAGAGCCACUUUGGCAGAAUUCAUUUCCACUUUCAUCUUUGUCUUUGCUGGCGAAGGCUCUUUACUUGCUCUUGGCAAAAUCUACAAGGAACCAGCUGGCACAACUGCGUCCGAGCUAGUAGCCAUCGCACUUGCGCAUGCACUCUCCUUCUUUGCAGCCGUGUCAGCCAGCCUGAACAUAUCCGGCGGCCAUCUGAAUCCUGCGGUCACCUUCGGCACCCUCCUUGGCGGAAGGAUCUCAGUACUCCUUGCUGUCUACUACUGGGUUGCGCAGCUCUUGGGUUCAGUUGUGGCAGCCCUUUUGCUCAGGCUUGCCACCAAUAACAUGAGACCAGUGGGGUUGUUCGUAACAUCAGGUGUUGGGGAGUUGCAUGGGCUGCUAUUGGAGAUCGUGAUGACAUUCAGCCUGGUUUACACAGUUUACGCGACUGCCAUUGAUCCCAAACGCGGUAGCUUGGGGACGAUUGCGCCUCUCGCAAUUGGGUUUAUCCUUGGGGCGAACAUCCUAGUGGGUGGGCCUUUUGAUGGAGCAUCCAUGAACCCUGCAAGAGCAUUUGGACCAGCUUUGGUUGGAUGGAGAUGGAGAAAUCAAUGGAUAUAUUGGGUUGGUCCACUUUUAGGAGGUGGGUUGGCUGGACUUGUGUAUGAGUACAUGGUUAUACCCACAGAAGUCCCUCAUCACACCCACCAGCCCUUGGCUCCUGAGGAUUACUAGAUAAAUUUUCUUGUAUUGUGUAAUAAUUAGGAAUUGCAUGACGUUUGGUCCUUCUGCUUUUGUUUGUCAAUCUCACACUCUCAGACCUAUGUGCUUUUCCUUUUCAGAUGUUUUAAUUUGUUUCCUUCUAAUUUGUCUUUGUUUUGUCUUUUUAAUAAAUGUCUGCAAGUCAUGUUGUACUUAAAGUCAGUUGUUAAUAAGAAUGGCAAUCUUGAUCCCA